UCCCCUUCCCCUGGCCCUGGGGCCGGGGCCUCGGUAUCGCGAUCGCUUGCUUAAUUCUCUCCACAUUUCCUUCUGGUAGCCCAACUCGGCUUUGACUCGGUUUAUCAUUUUUGUUUUUGUUGAAAUUUAGCCAACAAAAACAAAAUCAAAAUUUAGAAAGAAAAAAGAAAAAAAAAAAAAAAAAGAAAUUCCCGAGAGAGCGAGCGAGCGAGCAGCAAUUCAGCUCUGACAAAGAAAGGAAAGCUGGAAAGGGGGAACAAUGCCCCGUUUCUCUGUCCGCGUUAGGCAGCAGAUUCUCGGAUUCGUUGAUUUCAGAUAGAUAAUAAUUAGGUAUAUAGAACCCUAAUUUGGUGAAUUUUGAAUCCAAUGCAUUGGUGUUGGAGGAGUUUUGAAGCGGCCAAUUCAUCCAUCGAAUCGGAGGAGAAGGGGGUUUCCGGCGACUGCGGCAGCGGAUCUGAUGGUGCCAGCUCCGGUGGCGCUUUUCGGAGAGAGCUGUCGGUGUGGUGCCAGUGAUAGGAGUAGGACGGACGGACGGCGACGAUGCAGCUUCACUUCUCACCUAGCAUGAGAAGCAUAACCAUAUCGAGCAGCAACAAUGGGUUUGUUGACUUGAUGAAGAUCAAGGUCGCAGCUCGCCACCUCUCUUACCGCACGCUAUUCCACACGAUCCUCAUCCUCGCUUUUCUCUUGCCCUUUGUCUUUAUUCUCACCGCUCUUGUCACCCUCGAAGGUGUCAACAAGUGCUCCUCAUUCGAUUGUUUAGGCAGGCGUUUGGGACCAAAACUUCUUGGCAGAGUAGAUGAUUCAGAGAGAUUGGUUAGAGAUUUUUACAAAAUUCUCAAUCAAGUGAGUGCGGAGAAAAUUCCAGAUGGCCUGAAGCUGCCAGAGUCAUUUACUCAACUCAUUUCUGAAAUGAAAAGCAAGAAGUACAAUGUGAAGGACUUUGCUUUCAUCUUAAGGGCAAUGAUGGAGAGAUCUGAGAGAGAUAUCAGGGAGUCAAAAUUUGCAGAAUUAAUGCAUAAGCACUUUGCUGCAAGCGCCAUUCCUAAAGGCAUCCACUGUCUCUCUCUGCGGCUGACUGAUGAGUAUUCAUCCAAUGCUUAUGCACGCAGACAAUUGCCUUCUCCAGAACUGCUCCCUUUGCUCUCAGACAAAGCAUACUAUCAUUUUGUCGUAUCAACUGAUAACAUACUUGCAGCUUCAGUAGUGGUCACAUCUACUGUCCAGUCAUUUAAAAGGCCAGACAAGAUAGUGUUUCAUGUCAUCACUGACAAGAAAACAUAUGCUGGCAUGCACUCAUGGUUUUCCUUGAAUCUUGUUUCACCAGCUAUUGUUGAAGUAAAGGGUGUUCACCAGUUCGAUUGGUUAACAAGAGAGAACGUGCCAGUGCUUGAAGCUGUAGAAAGCCAUUAUGGUAUCAGGAACUACUACCAUGGGAAUCAUGUUGCUGGGACAAACCUCAGUGAAACUACUCCAAGGACAUUUGCUUCAAAAUUACAGGCUAGAAGCCCAAAGUACAUUUCAUUGCUUAACCAUCUUCGCAUUUAUAUACCAGAGCUGUUUCCAAACCUUGACAAGGUGGUAUUUUUAGAUGAUGAUGUAGUAGUUCAGAAGGACCUUUCUCCAUUAUGGGAAAUUGACCUUGUUGGAAAGGUUAAUGGAGCUGUAGAAACCUGCAAAGGUGAAGAUGAGUGGGUCAUGUCCAAGAGAUUCAGGAACUACUUCAAUUUUACACAUCCUCUCAUAGAAAAGAAUCUGAAUCCUGAUGAAUGUGCAUGGGCUUAUGGGAUGAACGUCUUUGAUUUACGUGCAUGGAGAAUGACAAAUAUAAGAGAUACCUAUCACUCUUGGCUGAAGGAGAAUCUGAAGUCUAACUUGACAAUGUGGAAGCUGGGAACUCUGCCACCUGCACUGAUUGCAUUUAAAGGUCAUGUACAAGCAAUCGACCCAUCUUGGCACCUGCUUGGGCUGGGCUACCAGAACAAUACCAAAAUUGAGUCUGUGAAAAGGGCUGCUGUUAUCCACUACAAUGGGCAGUCAAAACCAUGGCUGGAGAUAGGGUUUGAGCAUCUCCGCCCAUUUUGGACCAAAUAUGUUAACUACUCGAAUGAUUUUAUUAGGAAUUGCCACAUGCUGGAGUAGUUGAUCGUCAAGUAAGGGAGCUUAAACAAGAAAGUUGGGACAGCAGAUGGGAAGCUGGACGCAUUUGCAGUAGUUCCUCUUGUGGUUUCAAGUUUUGUGGAUUUCAUCAUCUGAGAAGAGAAACACAAUAUAUUGGCCCAAAAAUGGCCGUACAUUCAUGAUCCUAAUUCCCUGCCAUCCCCCUACUUGAGGAUCUGGGGCACCCCCAGUAUGGCAUGGGCCUGCAAUUUAUUCUUUCAGUCUCUGUGUAAUAUAGCAAUCAGGUGGUGUAAUUUUUUUGGUUGGAAGAGGACACGCGUGAUUUGGCCCUCAUGGAAGAGUAGUUGCUUUUUUUGCAGUGCUCACUGCUCAGCAACUGAAGAACGGAAUAAUCAGGAAUCCAUCCUGCUGCUGGUGCACGGUCACAGAAGAAGAGGUUAGGACCCACCCAGUCUUUUUUGAGGAUUUCACAUUAGCCCCGUUAGUUUCUUUUUUGGUUUUUCCUUUGGUUAUUGGUUCCAUUUUUUUUUUUUUUCCUUUUCUGGAUUUCAAAUCAUUGUCAUCAUUCUUAGGUGGUAGGUUUCAGAGAUUUACUGUCUCUUAGGUUACAUUCCAUUCCAUUGGGUUGGGGAACUGUUAUUGUUUUUGAUUUAUAUAUAUACCGUUAUUUGUUAUGUACGAAGAUGAUUCAUGAACAUAUAUUCACAAUGUGCAGAGAAUUCUUCUUUGGCAUUCUUUCAAAAUCCUUCAGAUGCCUGCC